UUGGGGUGUUAGUCCUGGGAUCUCGGACAGGUUUUGUGUGUUUUUGUCUUUUAAUAGGCUCAUAUGAAGUUAAGAGUAGUUGUUCCACAAGUCACUAGGGCUACGUGAUGGUUUGAACGAUCAUGCAUGUAGUAGUGGGUUUCUUUUUUGGCUACUAGGUGACUCGGGGUGGUUGUUACACACAGGCUCUGCUUGACAAAGUCUCGCUUUUGUGAAUCCGCGCUGCAGAUUCCAAACGAAGUGGAUUCCACUUUUUCGUAUUCCUGGUCUCUCCGCCUCCCUUACUGCGCGUCUCAUUCUUUCUCUCUCUCUCUUUCUCUCGGCUCUUCGCCGUUCUUGCUCUCUCUCUUUCUUUUGGUCUGUGCUUGUAUUAGCUCCGAUGUGCGGAGGGUGCAGUGCAUGGGAUCGCCCUGUUAUCUGCUGGGGAGAUUCGCAGUAAAGUUUGCUGGCCGCAAACUACACGAAAAUCUAGGGCCCGAGGAAAAAGGAAUGGCUGUGCCGUACCAGGGCAUCAAGGAAUGAAGUGGAACUUUUCUGGCAGUGCCCGUGCUUCGCGAUUGGGACCGUUGAGUGUCGUGGCUCUUUCGCAAUUCAGGACGAAUCAUCUGCCUUGAUCCUACGUGAACAAGGUUGAAGAGGGGGGUCGGAGUGUGUGGACCCCUCUAUCAGGACAACGUGUGUUUCCCAAACAGUUUAGAGUAUUCAUGAGGUUACGCAAAUGUGGAGGCAGCAAAAUUACCGUAAUCAAUUGAAGCGGCGUGCACGCGUCCGUCCACAGCUCUGAUUACCCGGAGAUCAGCCUGAUGUAAAUGUUACAAGGAGAGGAGCUGUUAAAUUGCUGUUGAAUUUGGGUGAGAAGUCUAUGAUCAUUGGGCAAGUGAGUCUGCACAGAGAUAAUAGGGCAGAUCAGUGGACCGGGCAAGUGCGGACGGCACAUUAGCUAUCUGACUUGGACUCAAAGCUGCUGUUUUACGGAAAGACUAAACCUAUAUUACUCCGAAUAAUACCCAAAACAGCUAUUUCCACUUAUUUUUGUCCAACAAGGAUAAAAAGGGCAGAUCUCUCGUUUGAGAGAAUAAGAGACUAUGGAAGUUCGCUACGGUCAAGACUCGGAGUCCGGAAUGCUGCUGAAGAAUGGACUAAAAGAGGGGAAAGAGGGAAAAGAUUCCCAGGGGAACAUUUCCAAAACGUUCCUGAAGGACCAGCAGGAGUCCUUCUCCCCAUCCGGACAGGUGGAAAAUUGCGAAAAAAACAGAACGAGCUCGGGAGAUCCUGAUUACUGCCGGAGGAUUUUAGUUCGAGAUGCCAAAGGUUCGAUUCGAGAAAUUAUUCUGCCGAAGGGUUUGGAUCUAGACCGACCGAAACGCACUAGAACCUCAUUCACAGCAGAACAGCUGUACAGAUUGGAGAUGGAGUUUCAGCGGUGCCAGUACGUUGUGGGACGAGAAAGAACUGAACUUGCCCGACAGCUUAACCUGUCUGAAACUCAGGUGAAGGUGUGGUUCCAAAAUCGCCGGACCAAACAGAAAAAGGAUCAGGGUAAAGACUCAGAGCUGCGCUCUGUGGUUUCUGAGACGGCCGCCACCUGCAGUGUCCUGCGUCUCCUGGAACAGGGGCGGCUCCUCACUCCUCCAGGCCUGCCAGGGUUGCUGCCCCACUGUGGGAGCUCUUCGCUGGGCUCAGCGCUACGUGGGCCGUCCCUGGGCAUCACCGCUAACGGAGGUUCCUCCAGCAGCAGUAGCAGCAGCGCGGCCAGCUCGGGCACAGCCGGCGGGAGCCCCCCGCUGCCAACCGUGACCAGUUCAGGAACAGUCACAGGGCUGCAGGGAUCUCCACCAGCCCACGGGCUGUUCAGCUUCCCCAUGCCCUCUCUCCUAGGGUCCGUCGCUUCGCGCAUCUCCUCCACCCCACUCGGCAUGGCCGGAUCCCUCGCAGGGAACUUGCAGGAACUUUCCGCACGUUAUCUGAGCUCCUCCGCUUUUGAACCUUACUCGCGGACCAAUGGCAAAGAAGUGCUGGACAAGAAAGUUUUGGAAUGAUAGGCUCACUUUUCUUGUUGUUUUGAAAUCAGCUUAAGCUCUAAAUAUCUCUUCUUUUUUUAAUCAGAAAUUUUUCGCUUUGUCAUGUCAGUGCUGUGGUUAUUAACUUCAACUUUUCACGUCCUGCACACUUGAUGCCUCUCAGUACUGUACAAACGUUGACUCAUUCUUGUACUUUUCAAACAUAAGGAUUUUCAGAGUUUUUUGCACUAAAUCGAAACGUUUCUCCACCCUGUUGUGAAUUUUGAGGCAAACAAGAGCAAGAGGAAGGAAUGUAGCAAGAGAUUAUGGAGGGAAGAGAACUGAAAAUGCUUGCUGUGGCAAUAUUUUCGGAGCACUUUUUCCCCAUAAACCGUUGGAGUUGGACAGUUAAAUUCAGAUUAUUUAGUGAUCUGAGAAAGCUGCUGGCAAAAAUAUGAUACAGAAACUUAACCUGUCAUAACAUAAAAUCAUCUUUCACAAUUUCAGUUUGAAGUUUUACAUAGUGCUGUCUGGCAAGAUUCAUUUCAUUUCAUUCAAUACAGUCAUAUAGUGGCAAACCUAUUCUUCACUUACACAGUAAGCAUCAAAAUGUCACGAAUUUGCCAUACGAAGCUAUAAAAUCAGAUGUCUAUACCAUUUUGUAUUCGUUUGGUUAAAUAUGUUCAAAUCAAAGAAAAGCACUGUCAAACCGUUAUAUAGUCCAGUAGUCCUGUGUUCAUUGUUCUCUAAAUGGUUUCUGUGAGGGUCCCCAAAAUGAGUUUUUGAAGGCAGUCCCAGUUUGUGAGUUUGUAUGUCUUAAAUAUGCAGUUUUUAUCUUCUGUGUGUGUGUGUGCUGGUACUGAAGUUGUAGUCCUGGUUUCCAUGUUUAGGUGCGUGUUUAAGCUGAAAACCUUUCUGAAGAAAACUCUGGGGCCCAAAUGUGGAGAGACGUCAUUGUGUGUGAUUAUGCUCUGAAGCAUCAAUUUGACCCUCGAAUGAUUGGACUUGAUGUUUUGCCGAACAUUUCAGACGUGGAACAUUUCAGCAAAGUUUUUCGGAUGAAUCUGACGCCCUUUCUGUUAUCAAAGCUGAGAUGAGGCCGAUCUCUGAAAGAGCAGGGUGCAGUUAUUGUAGUAUAAAUGAAAAAGAUUGAAAAUUGUAACUAAAAUUGUUAUUUUAUUGUAAAUUAUUCACGUCUGUAAUAAAUAGAUCAUUAGUAUAUCUGCAAAUAAUGAAAGAAUGAAUGUAUAGGGGGGCGGGGUUUCUGGUUGACGAACCAAUCAAAGCUCUGGUGUUGUUGUUAAAUAUCUUGAAGUUUGUAAACUGUGGUAUGAGUGUGGAUAUAUAUUAUAUAUAACU